CAAAAGAGAACGGCGGCAGGAGAGAUCACAAACGCCGAGCUUGUGGACGCAAUGAGCCACCUUGUUACGCAUAAUUGAACUUCUUCGAGCUUUGCAAAAUAAUACGAGUACUAGAUUGAUGUUUUUUAUACGUACGUCACACCCGAGCGUCGUCGCCGUAAGUGUAGUGACAUUGUAGCAGGUUUUUAUCUCAAGCACCGAAUUCUGGAUCUGGAAAAAUCCAAAGAAAUGGCUUCCUCCUGUAGUGCACCAACCAAGAGAAAAGGACGACUGGUGCAACGACCAAGAGGAAAGGAAGUUGCGAAGAAGAUGCAACUACUUCUGCACAUUCUAGCAUCAACAGCCAACGUCGCAAACGCCUGGACCGACACGGGACACAUGAUAGUGGCCAAAAUUGCCGCGGACGGGCUGAUAUGAAUUGCAAAUGUGUCUGGGUCUGGAAGGUUGCAACUUGUGAUGCAAAUUUCACACAACACAAAGAUCUGUGAUGCAUGAACGGCAAAUGCGGCCCAAAACUUGGCACCAAAACAGGGAAUUUGUUAUGCGGAUUAGGGAUGGGGACACCUUCUCAAGACGUGUGAUGCUAGGGCCUGCAUGCCAGACCUCCCAGAUCAUGCAAGAGCAGCAUGGCAAAUAUCUGGACCCAUCCAGAGCCAGACAUGUUUGCAUUUGAUAGCUGAAGCCGGAGGAGCUCUCGUUUUUCCACAAUUUGACGGACAUGCUGUACCACCCCUCGGUGAAAUAUCCAGGAAAAAACACCCCUCCCCAUCCAAAUUGUAGUCAUGCGAAACAUGCAUAAACUCCAGUGUCUGUCAUGCAAAAAAUGGAUGUGGAUGGAUGUUUUUUCCUGGAUAUGAAAGCAGCGCGCACCGGGGACUUUGUGAAGCCGGUGGACACGCUGUGGGGCGUGGCCAGCUGGAACGAUAAUAUUGACAUCGCGUAUUUUUACGAGGAAGUUUUUGAUGGUGCCAAAAGUUCUGCAUCAACACGUCGGAAACGAAGAAAUUUGCGACUCUGCUGUUCUUUCAGCUGCCGUGCCGCAUCACUUAACAUGUUGACGCGCGCGCGCCCACGCAUUUCUCCAUGCAGCACGAGCGCCGUUGGCCCCCUAUCUUUCCUGCCUUUGCCGCGCCGCAUUGCGCCUUCGCCGCCACCGGCAUUUUCCGUUUUGUUCAAAAUAGCAGGUGAUGAUGUUUGCAUUGACGCCGCCGGCACUGCGAUUAUUUCAGUCGCUAAGCACAGUCGUUCAUCUCCUCCCCAUUUGAUGUUUCAUCUGUUGCGUAUGUCAAAGAAGAUGAAGAUGAAGAGAACACUGAAGCUGAACGAACAAGAAGAUAAAAAUCAUGAUCAACAACUCUUAUCAGGUUCCACUUUCAGAAAACGUGGCACUUUACCGACACGGUGGUGCGGCUCGACAAGGGCUGUAGAUUGAUCGGCGACGGACAGAAGAUACCUGCUGCAGGAGGGCCGCAUCUUCAGGAGGCUGGGAAGAUGAUCGCAAACAGGACAACAAUCAGCCCGCUGCUGUCAACGUCGUCCACGACUCCCAGGGCCGCCGCGGUGCACGAACUCAACAAGGGGCACCAGCAGCACGUCGACUCCACGACGCCGAGGGCGGUCGGCAAAAGCGAGACGGGGCUGAGAAGUCUCCUCGGUGAAAAAGACAAAGAAGAAAAUGACAAGCAGAUGAUGUCGAUGAGUACCGACUACGGGGGAUCAAACACAAACACCUGCGACAGCACCCACCCGCCCCGGCCCGACGAGAAGCACCAGGACGUUAUCUACGGCCUGACCUCUGCCUACUACGGAGUGACCAGCGAGUAUGGGUGUGUCAGGAUCGAAAACGUCAAAGUUGAAAUGAUUUUUAAUAAUGCAUAAAAUGCAUGACCCGAGGUACGUGUGUUGCAGAGCAGGCAAUGGAGGCCGAUUGUAAGCCUGUUUGGGGUUACAGCUCGAGCUGCUAAAGUAGCAUGAGAAAAUCGCUCUUCUUUGCCUCAACAGCAUUACAAACUGGAUUUAGUGACCACCGAAAUUUGUCAUGCGCCACUUCAAAACUGGGUUCCAACUGGCAUCCAUUUUAUGCAUGACAAAUCAUUUGAACUUUGUCGAUUUCGAUGCUGACAGUUCCAUAGCGAGGUGAGCAAGUGGAAUGACCCGGCCAUCAAGAAGUUUCAGCAGGCGUGGUGGAUUAUGAAAUGCAAAAGCAUUGUACUAGUAUACAUUGCAUUACAAAUUAGCUAUAGCUCAGCAUUAGCAUUACAAAUGAAAUUUGUAAUGCUGUUUUACCUUUAGGAAAGAGAUUUGUCAUGCAUAAACAGCAAUUACUACGAGUGUGAUACUUUUGCGGUGCAUAUGGAUCCGCAUGCUGAUCCACUUUCUCGGCGACCUGCACCAGCCCUUGCACGCCGCCGCGGGCUGCAGCGCGCGCCACCCAGAGGGGGACCUAUCAAAUGUAAAAAUGUCUGGGUCUGGAAGAUUCUGACACUUGUCAUGCACGUUUUGGAUGAGCCCUGAUGUCUGUGAUGCAUGCCCUAGCAGCACAGAUUUUUUGAGAGCUUCUUGAUGCCUAAGUUGCAUGACAAAUGCCCUCUCCGCGUAGCAAGAAUCACAUUCCCUUUGGUACUCAUGCAAUACAGAUAUUUUUGGAAUCCAAAUGCAGCAUUACAAGUUGGACUCUUCCAGACCCAGACAUUUUUACAUUUGAUAGGACCGGGGCGGAAACGAAUUUGGGAUCGAGACGAACAUUAAGAAUUACUUCGAGGGUAUGGAAUGCAAAUAUGUCUGGGUCUGGAAAGUUGUGAUGCUAAAAGUGAAUGAGAUUUCCACUGCAAUACGGAGCCAAGCAUGACAAAUUUUUUGGCUGCCAUGUCUUACGUAUUCCGCGUGGCAAACUGCGUUUUUGCAUGAAAGGUAAGACGGCUUUUUCGUGUCUACGCAUCACAGAUUCUUGAGUCGUGUCAGACUAGCAUGACGAGUCUCGCAAUCCCCCAGACCCAGACAUAUUUGCAAUGCAUAGAGGGAAGGGCGACCUUCGUCUCGGAGCUGCACUUGCUCUGGGACUUAGCGGGGGGCAGCUACGCCGCGGGACCGAAUUGGCCGCUGAACGCCACGGGAGAGGCCUUCGUGGCGGAGGAGGCCAAGGUACUAGUACUUACUUCGGUUCCGUUUCGCGUUGGUAUGUUUCUCUCUUCGCAGCGCCGUGAUGCAGCCGAGCAUUUCGAAUUCGUAAUAAAAUCGUUGCACCCCCGGUCCUCGUGAUCUCGUAUGGACAUUUACAUUUUUCCACCUUCCCAAAUAAACAAGACACUUAUCUUCAAAACUAAACUUGAACAGCGUCUCCGGCAAGAGUACGAAGCGAAGUACCCCGACGAGCCGACGACCGUGAUGAAAACUUGCCCGCUGAGUUCCUUCAAGAAGUGGAAGCAGGAAAGCUGGAAAAUCGCGACCAACACGGUGUACAAGAAUCUCGUCGAGGACGCGAUGGUGUCCGACGCAUACCUGCAAACCGCACAGAAGACCUCGGGGGAGCGGAUUGCGCUGGGUGGGUUCCGGUUGCAGGGCAUGCUGCAGAAAAUGUACAAGACACUGGUGGUCCUCGGAGGGGACAAGAAGGGCGAGGAGGAGGAACGGGUAAUGAAGAAAACGCAGAUAGGAAAAAAUAAUGCUGCGGAAGAAGUAGAUGGGGACCAGGACAAAAAUGCAGUGUCGAUUUGGGUGUAG